AUGCUCGCUUCCUGGAAUACUGAUCUCAUCCCAUUCAAGCCCGACGUAGACCCAACUGGAGCCACGUCAAAUUUCGAUAUCGUCUUUGGCGGCGUCGUGAAACGUGGAGGCGACGUCAAGAUUCUGGGCUGGGCUAACAAGUUUCUUUUCUUCCAGGACGUUAAAGUGCGCAACAAGAUCAACAAACUCCCAAAGUCUGGAAUCAAUGACGGCAACGCGUUGUUCAUCUUCGAUGAUCGUCUCCCUUACGGCAUGUCCUCGCAGCACCAGAAGGCGCUUGUGAUCGCUUCCGGGAACUCUACAGGCAAAGACGACCACCCAGUGGCGUAUGUGGGCGGCAUCGACCUCUCAAACGAUCGCUGGGAUACCAUUCACCACAAUGCAACUGCGAUCCGUAAACAAUCUGCCGUUCAUUUCCGGCAGAAUGGCUGGGUCGACAGCAGCAUGCGCAUCCACGGACCAGCGGCGAAAGACGUGGCUAACAACUUCCUCGCCCGUUGGAACUCACCCUAUUUGCCGACGCAGAGUCUUGGUGACGACCUCGUCAACUUUGAGAACCCGCAAUAUUCCUACCUGCCACCACUCGACUAUGCGAGUAGCAACAGCACGUCGAAACUUGGCAACCAGAAUGUACAGAUCGUGCGAACUUUCAGCUGCAAGUACAAACACUGGGAAUUCGCUCCGAAUGGCGAAAACUCGCUCUUCCAUGCGCGUAUCAAGGCCAUCAAGAGCGCCAAGAAUUUCGUGUAUAUUGAAGACCAGUACUUCAUCCUCGUGCCGGAACUACUGGACGCGCUACUGGAAGUAUUACCGGGUCUUCAGCGGCUGAUGGUCGUUGUGCAGCCACCGGAAUUGAUAACCAAGAGUGCUGGCUACGAGAAAUACAUGUAUCUAAAUGUUCAGGCCAUCAAGGAGAAGUUCCCAAACAAGUUUAAGAUUUACGCGAUGAAGCCAAAGCUGGACGUCUACGUCCACAGCAAAUUGGUAGUCGUCGAUGACGUGUAUUUAUCAGAUGGUUCGGCCAACUGGAAUCGGCGUAGUAUGACGUCGGAUCCCGAGCUGGAUGCCAACGUCGUCGAUAGUGAGACCACCAGUACCCCAGAUGGCAUCAAGGUGGGCAAAUCAACGCGAUGA